AUGGAUAUUACAUCAGACUCCAAAUAUUCUAUCAUCUCAAUCAUAUCCAUACUCACUUUAUUAUUCUUUCCCCAAGCAGCUCAUGGAGACGAUGGGGGUUGGCAAGGUGGUCACGCCACGUUCUACGGUGGCGCCGACGCUUCCGGCACAAUGGGCGGAGCUUGUGGCUAUGGUAAUCUGUAUAGCCAAGAUUACGGGACCAAUACGGCGGCUCUUAGCACAGCUUUAUUCAACAACGGACUCACGUGCGGUGCGUGCUACGAGAUGAAGUGCAACGAUGACCCAAGAUGGUGUCUAGGUUCUACUAUCACCGUCACAGCUACUAACUUCUGUCCACCGAACCUUGGCCUCUCCAACGAUAAUGGUGGAUGGUGCAAUCCUCCUCUUCAGCAUUUUGAUCUUGCCGAACCAGCUUUUCUCAAAAUUGCUCAGUACCGAGCAGGCAUUGUCCCUGUCUCUUUUCGAAGAGUACCGUGUAUGAAAAAAGGAGGGAUAAGAUUUACGAUCAACGGACACUCAUACUUCAACCUAGUUCUGAUCUCGAACGUAGGAGGAGCAGGAGACGUCCACGCGGUCUCGAUAAGAGGCUCAAAGACAGGGUCGUGGCAAGCUAUGUCUAGGAACUGGGGACAGAACUGGCAGAGCAACUCUUACCUCAACGACCAAAGCCUCUCGUUCCAGGUCACUACCAGCGAUGGUCGCACCGUCGUUAGCAAUGACGUGGCUCCUUCUAAUUGGCAGUUUGGACAAACCUACCAAGGCGGUCAAUUCUAA